UCAAAUGAAGCGUGUCAUUAGGAAAAUAUAAUGGUAGAAAUUGUGAGUGUGGAUGCAUGAGGCAGGAGGGAGGAGGAGUGUUUACAAGAGCAGGCGGCAGAGGGCAGUAGUGUUACUGAUGAACUACGCCCAGCUGCCUGCUGGGGAUCGUGAGAGAUGCAGACAAUAAAGUGUGUGGUGGUUGGAGAUGGAGCAGUGGGUAAAACCUGCCUGCUCAUCUCCUACACAACAAACAAAUUCCCUUCCGAGUAUGUUCCAACGGUAUUUGAUAACUAUGCAGUUACAGUAAUGAUUGGAGGGGAACCAUACACAUUAGGCCUUUUUGAUACUGCUGGACAAGAGGAUUACGAUAGACUGCGGCCCCUUAGCUAUCCCCAGACAGAUGUAUUCCUAGUCUGUUUCUCAGUGGUGUCUCCAUCAUCAUUUGAGAAUGUCAAGGAAAAGUGGGUUCCAGAAAUUACUCAUCACUGCCAGAAGACUCCAUUCCUCCUAGUGGGCACACAGAUUGAUUUGAGAGAUGAUGCUGCUACAGUAGAAAAACUGGCCAAGAAUAAACAGAAGCCAAUAACCUAUGAACAAGGUGACAAGCUGAGCCGUGAGCUUAAGGCUGUCAAGUAUGUUGAAUGUUCUGCACUUACACAGAAAGGGCUCAAGAAUGUAUUUGAUGAAGCCAUUCUUGCAGCCUUAGAGCCCCCAGAACCCCAGAAACGAAGGAAAUGUGUUGUUCUGUAGGGUAGGACACAUCCACUGUAGACCUUGGAGGAGCCCCAAACAUACACGAUGUGCAAGAUUGCCUUUAAUGGUCAGUAGGGUUUUUGUGGAGUUAGGUUUGCCUCUGAAGCUUACUUGGAUGAGAAUUUGCCAUUGUUACAACUACAGGAGUGUGUGUUUUAUUAUUACAAGGUAUGUUCCAGUAGUGAAUGAUGGAAGAUGCCAAAGUUUGCAUUUCUUAGUGAAUGAAUGAAGCUUCAUGCAGCUUUGGGGCUGAACUCCUUGAAAUUUAAGCAACCUAAGCACAAGAAAUGGCUGCCAGGUAACAUGGGUGGAGGAGCGGUAUUGUGCAGCAGAAUACACUACUCGCACAACCUCCUUUUCCAUCACACCACAAACCUAUUCAAUCAAUAUAUUUAGGUUUUAAGGCAUAUUGACUUUGAUGGUCAUUGUGUGCCUGUACCAUAAACCUGUUGUGUUCCCAUUUGCCCUAUCCCUUUUUCCUGGGUCAGCAUCCAACCUGUGCCACUUGAGGACCUGAUGGUUCCAUUUGGUUUGCUUCCAGUUAGGUCAAGUGUGUCCUUUUAGUUUUUUAGUUUUUCAUGUAAACAUUUCAUGUUAACUUCUAUAGAGACUAUGAACACAAAUAUCAUCCAAUUCCAGUCAUCUUUUAAUUAUCUGUUAGAUUCAUUUUAUUCAUAAAACAGUGAUGAACAUCACAAUUUUCAAGUUUAUUAGUAUUCACUCUUUCUCUCUCUUGCUCUCUUUCUCAACAUUUAAUGCAUCUCAUCAUAUUUACUAGUAAUGGAAUUAGAAGUGUUAAUAAUUAAAAAGUAACCAAUAUUUGUAUGAGCUUAACUUCUGAUAUAACUGCCUCAGACUAUCAUAAGUUUCCUAUUCUUACAUAAACACUUAUAACUGAUGUGUAUCUAAUGACUAUAUCUUCUUUUUUAUUGUAAAAUAAGUGCAAAUUUAGGAGUGUCAAUGGAUUAAACCUUGGUUUUGUGGGCUCAGAGACCAAGAUAAUCCCCAAGACAAGACCAUUGAUUUAAUAUUAUUAUAAUUACUAUGUGGUGUGCCUGAGUAAGAAACUAGGUUUGAAGUAAGUGGCAUUUAUGCAAAGGGGUUAUCAAUUAUUGUUCACAUUAAAGCAUGUUGUUCCCAGUGUUUUGUGUUCAUGUACAGCAACAAUGGCUUGUAAUGAGUCGCCCACCUACUCAGUCCUAAGUGCUGACUAUCGUAUGGGUGCUACAAGACAAUUGGGAACGUCUGAUGUAGUAGAAAUAUAUAUAUAUUAACUUAGUAGUUGGCUCAAUGGUAUGAAUCAUUAUUUUUGUACAAAAUCUGUAAAUCUGAAAGUAGUAUUCCAUGAUUAUCUAAAUUUCUGCUGCUUCAGACACAAAGUUUGGUGAUAACCAGAUGGUUGGUAGCUACCUUGCCUCAUGUUAACUAACCCACCACUGGUCUUGGUAGGGAGCUCUUGUUUAAAAAUAACCAUAGUUGCCAUGUCAUGUUGACCAUUGCAAAUAGAAGACAGCUUGAUUGUCUUUUAAAGUGUGAUAAAAUCUGAUCAUUUUGAGAGAGUUUGGUAUUUAUGGAGGGAGUUACAAAUAAACCAUUUGGAUUGGA